GUAUUUCGGCUAGUAUUUGCGCUAUUAUUUUGUUACAUUAUUUUUAGUAGAACCGAUACAAAGUAUAUUUAGGGAGGAGGGUUCAACUGCAUAUUGAGAGCGGUGCAUGCUUUUCGAUCUCCUGAAAACCCUUUCAACUUUGGCCGUAGGCUAUUGUCACUGGCUGUUACUGUACACAUUCGAGUCGGUUAGGCUACUGUCACUGUCGGUCACAUUCGCGUCGGUUAGGCUACUGUAGCCUACACAGUCAGGUGUAAGAAAUGACAAAAGGGGAAACGAGGUAACUUCUUUUAUAUCGAAAUAUUUUACUCGCAACCUAUUCGUUUUUUUUAGGUCAUGACUAUAAAGAAUUGUAGACUGUAAUGUAGGCUCCAUUGUGGCGUGCGAAGCCACUCCACACGCUUUCUAAAUCGCGUUUCGUGCGGUAUUAAAAAUUAAUAAUGGACAUCCGGCGUUACAUGGUGCCAGCUGCGCCCCAAAUUUAUUUUUGGGGGGUGGUGCGCGAGAAUUUUGGGAUUAUCAUUGUCUUGUCAAAUCGAGUUUUAUCAUAUUGGCCCGGUAUUUUAGAGAUGUUAUUACAAUUUUAAACAAAUUAAAACAUUCUUGGCGAUGUGAGAUGCCUUGCUUGAGCGCAGCCAUCGGGUUUUGAGGGUCGUGUGUUCUCCCUCGCUCGGUCUCAUGCCAUGCGGGACCCUGCUGUCUGCCAUAGCACCCUCCUCUCUCUCUAGACGGUUCUUUAUCUUUGUUGUUGUGCAGUGAUCAUCCAGUGGUGCAGUCAGACCAGACCACUGUGAGACCAAGACGCUGCCCCAAGUUCACAUGUUGUGGGUUAUUAUGAUGGGGUUUAUCGUUAGGGUGAGGUGAUGAGGAAACCGCUUAAUUAAGGGAUCAUCGGAUGGGCACGCAAACAAGCGCGGAUGAGAACGAAAUAGCGGUCCCAACAGUGAGCAGCGAGCACCGCGUCAUGUGAUGUGAAGUGUGUCUGUCGACCCUAAAGCCUUGACCUCUCACCCCUGACCCCGUGAGGUCACAGAUGGUCCAUAUCUGGCCCGACCCAGGAGACUUCCUCCUCCAUCCUGAUCCUCAACAUCAGUCAGUGAGCAGUGUGUUGUGUUCUGGCUGAACGCUCCAACGGCAUCCUGACCACCUCCUAACACCACCCACCACCUUGGGCAUGCCUCAGCCGGGCAUGAAUGGGAUGGAGCCUGCGUUUGGCGAGGCGUAUGGGAGCCGUGGCUGUCUCCUCAGCCCCUACCCCCUGGCUGUCUCCCCUCUAGGGGGCAGGACCGAAUAUGACCAGAGCGUGCUCCUGAUGCUGGGCUCUCCAGCGACGCCGCGGAAACGGCCCUUCGAGUUGCUAAGCGACCUGGUGGACGACGGGGGCUUCGGCGAGGAGCUGCACGUGGAGCGCUGGGACGUGUCGGCGCUGGAUGACAUCACGCGCUACACCAAGCUGGGCCUCGGGGGGGAGCUGGCGAGCACCGAGGAUGCCGUGCUGAUGGGCCGUUGGAGCGGGACCCGGGAGGAAGAGGAGGAGGAGAGGAGGAAGAGGAAGGCACAGGCCAUAGCUCAGCAGCAGACAUCACAUGUAACCACGAUGAUGGUAACGCAUCUCCAUGGAAACGGCAUCACAAUGACCCCCGACCCCUGUCUAGGCCACGCCCAGAGAGGCAGGGUAGUCAGAGAGCAGGUGGGACUUAAUGUUACCAUGGCGAUCGAAAGGGUGACAGAAAAAGGAGGACAGGAUGGGGGGAUGAGGGUUCCUACGGUGGAGGUGUACCAGGUGGCAGAGGAGGAGGAGGUUGCCGCAGCUGUGUUGGCAGCGGCGGAAGUUGUUGCCGCGGUGACUGAGACGUCUGGGAUUCUUCCGGGGGGGUCAGUGUUGGAACACAACUACUCUCUGACCCAGGGGGGGGAUAGACCCUCGCCCUCCAGCCCCAGCUCUGAGACAGAGACAGAAGAGGAGGUAGAGGGGCAGGAGGAGGGAGAGAGGGAGGAGGAGGAGAGGGAAGAGCAAGAAGAGGUGUUGUUGUUGGAGGAAGAAGAGGAGGAGGAGGAAGGGGAGGACGGAGCAGGGGAUGAGACUGCGGUGGAAGCAGAACUGUCCAGCUCGUCAGAAACAGAAUUUGAGGUGGAACCAGAGCGGGGGGGUGGUCCAGGGGAACGGCCCCAGAAGAGAAGGUGUUUCUGGGAGUACCGCCACGCUCACGCACGGGACUCUGGGAGACAGAAGAAGACUGGAGGGGAGGUCCGAUGGUCCCUCUCCUGGAGCUCUAGCACCCUACCUAGUACCCUAUACCGCAGAGAGGGAAAGAAGGGAAGGCGCAAAGCGAGGAAGACUGACGCCAGCGACCUGACCCCUAACCCUGUGAAGCUCACAAACAUCGGCGAACAGCUGCAGAAACUCAACGCCACCAUAGAUGGGAUGGGUCCUGUUAACGACCUGCCUGUUGUGGCCAGGGCACGCUCACGCAAAGAGAAGAACAAACUAGCUUCCAGGGCCUGUCGGUUGAAGAAGAAAGCGCAACACGAAGCCAACAAGAUCAAGCUGUGGGGACUCAACCAGGAGUACGAGAACCUUUUGGGGGCGUUGCUGAGGAUCAAGGACGUGAUUGGUCAGAGGGUGGAGCGCAGCGGAGAGGAGGUGGACAAAGAUGAACGAGGGAUGACCCAGAGACUGGAGGACAUACUGAAAGAGUCCAGUGGUCCUCUAGUGGCUGGACGGACCAAAGAGUUUGUCCAGAAGAUCCUGGAGGUGAGUGGAGGGGGGCUGACCAAGGCUGGGGCCAAGGGCAAAGACACACAGACCCCCCCUGCACCGGGAGAGGGGACAGCUGCCUAAUGUACCCUCCAUCACCCCUGACCCCCCCCUGCACCGGGAGAGGGGACAGCUGCCUAAUGUACCCCCCAUCACCCCUGCCCCACCCUGGACCAGGAGAGGAGACAGCUGCCUAAUGGACUGGCCAACACCACCAGCUCCCCUGCGACACCCCUCGGACACAGCCACCCACUCCUACCGUCCCCCACUACACUCUGUCACCUGGAGAAUAGGUGGAUGGAGAAAGGGAUGGAGAGGGAUGGAGAAAGAGAGGGAGGAGCAGAUGGAGGAGGUGGGGGAGACUGAGGUUUGAGUUCAAUCCUCCUCUGUUUCAGCUCUGUUUCCUUCUGUCUCUUCAGUAGCGCUCUGUAACUCCUUACCUUCAGCUAAUCACCAACACAGGCUAGCUGCUGACCAUGUGUGUGAGUGAGCUGAUCUGUGGCUGUAUGUUUGUGUGUGUGUGUGUGUGUGCGUAGUAUGAAUGUGUGUGGUUGGUUUAAUCUCUCCCUUCUUCAGUAAACUGUAUUGGUAUCCCAUUGUGCCUAUAUGAAUAGACAUUGCACUGUUUGUAGAUGAUAGAGAAGUUGGCAGGGGGUUGGUAUGAGGGUAGGGUAAAAAGAGAAGUGGGAGGGACGGGGGGGACGGGGGGUCAUGUUCAGUAGGCCACAACGUUCCUUGGAAGGCUCAGAAAGAAAUAGACUGUAUGGAACAGACAUGCAUCUCUGACAUCUAGAGUAAGGAGUAAUGUCUUCUCUAUUCACAACAUUGCUAUCUGCAACUUUUAGCAGGCUUGGUUACACCCUCCUGGAAUCAACCCUGCUAGUAGAGAUCAGUGGGAUGAGCCUCUUUUGACCAGCGAGCGACAUAAUUGGUGCUUGCCACAGAGGGCAUAGAUGAGCACUUUGAUUCGUAGCUGUAUCCUGUCUAUUCCCCUUUGAGAAAUACCUGGGUCCUGUUCAUCAGGCACCAAACGUAACAAAAAUGACUGAAACAGGGAAUAUUACCUGGACUUCUCCAAUAAGAAAUGCAAAUGUUUGUUUUUUCCAUUGCAAAACAUCUUAAAACGUUUUGUUAGGUGCCCGAAUGAACAUGACCCUGAAAAUGCAAGUUCCUUCUCUCAGAACCAACAGAGGAUGAACUGUGAUCACACCAAACAUCAAAGCAACUGUAGCAGCUAAGACUUGCGGAGCUUUCGUCACAGUUAGAAGAAAGAAAAAUUAACUUUUUAAAAAGUAGCUAUUAAAUCCAACCGACCAAAGAUGACACGAACAGCUGACAUUUCAAAGAACUGAAAUGAAAGCUGAAGUGAUCGGCUGUUACCCAACCCUCUCACUCCUACUACUGCCGUUACCCAACCCUCUCACUCCUACUACUGCCGUUACCCAACCCUCUCCUUCCUACUACUGCCGUUACCCAACCCUCUCACUCCUACUACUGCCGUUACCCAACCCUCUCCCUCCUACUACUGCCGUUACCCAACCCUCUCACUCCUACUACUGCCGUUACCCAACCCUCUCACUCCUACUACUGCCGUUACCCAACCCUCUCACUCCUACUACUGCCGUUACCCAACCCUCUCACUCCUACUACUGCCGUUACCCAACCCUCUCACUCCUACUACUGCCGUUACCCAACCCUCUCACUCCUACUACUGCCGUUACCCAACCCUCUCCCUCCUACUACUGCCGUUACCCAACCCUCUCCCUCCUACUACUGCCGUUACCCAACCCUCUCACUCCUACUACUGCCGUUACCCAACCCUCUCACUCCUACUACUGCCGUUACCCAACCCUCUCCCUCCUACUACUGCCGUUACCCAACCCUCUCCCUCCUACUACUGCCGUUACCCAACCCUCUCCCUCCUACUACUGCCGUUACCCAACCCUCUCCCUCCUACUACUGCCGUUACCCAACCCUCUCCCUCCUACUACUGCCGUUACCCAACCCUCUCCCUCCUACUACUGCCGUUACCCAACCCUCUCCCUCCUACUACUGCCGUUAGCCAACCCUCUCCCUCCUACUACUGCCGUUAGCCAACCCUCUCCCUCCUACUACUGCCGUUAGCCAACCCUCUCCCUCCUACUACUGCCGUUAGCCAACCCUCUCCCUCCUACUACUGCCGUUAGCCAACCCUCUCCCUCCUACUACUGCCGUUAGCCAACCCUCUCCCUCCUACUACUGCCGUUAGCCAACCCUCUCCCUCCUACUACUGCCGUUAGCCAACCCUCUCCCUCCUACUACUGCCGUUACCCAACCCUCUCCCUCCUACUACUGCCGUUACCCAACCCUCUCCCUCCUACUACUGCCGUUACCCAAUCAUUGUAUCAUCAAUCUGAAGAUGAAGUUGAAUUGAUUCAUUUAAAGAACGUUGAUCGUCUUAAUGUUUACCCUCACACAUCCUUUAUGAAAAGGAUGCCUUUUGCUACCUGUAUUAUUGCCAAAAAAAGGUUGAUUUGAUACAUCAAUCAGACAUUCAUUAAAUCACUGUUAACAUUUAAAUCUGAGGAGUGUUGGGUAAGGCUAGCGUAUACAGGACAUGCCCAUAGAGAUGAAUAGAGGGUGCACUUUCCCAUCUCUAUAGAGUGACUGAAAGCUCCUAUAGGUCUGCCUUCAGUGCUACAGCAUAACGCUGUCUGGGUGUUUGUGUUCGAUAUAAACAGAAAACACAAAGGGAUGCGUCUGUCCUCCACGCCUUCUGCUUCGUCUUCUCCACGCCUUCUGCUUCGUCCGACUCCUAAUGUGAACCUGUAGUGCACCUUCCUUUCUUAAAGGCAACAAGAGUCAACAGCUAUUGUGGUGGAGCGUUUUUGUUACAUUUGUCGUUAAAGUUGUUUGUGUUUUGUUGUUUUGUUUACUCACAAAGCCAUGCUCCCACAAAGUGGGGAUGGUCUUUUAGCGACUAGAGUGUCUGAGUUCUGUUCUGCCCAUAGAGUUAGAAAGAGGGCCUAUCUUUUUCUUUUUUUUUAGCCCUCUUUCUAACUCUAUGGUGCUGCCUUUGUUGGCCAAGCCAAAGGUGGUGUUGUAGCAGAAGUCCGACGUGAUGCAGACCAGAGAACAUUGUGUUUUCAAGGCCAGAGAGUGUCGUUGGUCACGCCAGUCACAAAACCUAUUUGCACUGCGGUGGGUACAACCAAACACCUUCUAAAGAGUCAUGUAUCUGCACCUUUAAAAAAAACAUGAUUAUUGAUUGAUUGACAGCCUAUUUGUUGUAUUUGGUCAUGGUUUUCAGCAACAGAAACUAUUGUUGUCUGGGUCUGUAAAUGGUGAAUAUGGUUUCUGGUUCAGUAUACUAUAAUAUACGGUGCUCUGGUGAAAUGUAACUUCUCACCUGAGCAACAACGUGGCAGAACAUUCUGCUAACCUAGAAAGAGCAAAGUUGUGUUAACCUAGAAAGAGCAAUGUUUUGUUAACCUAGAAAGAGCAAAGUUGUGUUAACCUUGAAAGAGCAAUGUUGUGUUAACCUAGAAAGAGCAAUGUUUUGUUAACCUAGAAAGAGCAAAGUUGUGUUAACCUUGAAAGAGCAAUGUUGUGUUAACCUUGAAAGAGCAAAGUUGUGUUAACCUUGAAAGAGCAAUGUUGUGUUAACCUUGAAAGAGCAAUGUUGUGUUAACCUUGAAAGAGCAAUGUUGUGUUAACCUUGAAAGAGCAAUGUUGUGUUAACCUUGAAAGAGCAAUGUUGUGUUAACCUAGAAAGAGCAAUGUUUUGUUAACCUAGAAAGAGCAAAGUUGUGUUAACCUAGAAAGAGCAAAGUUGUGUUAACCUUGAAAGAGCAAUGUUGUGUUAACCUUGAAAGAGCAAUGUUGUGUUAACCUUGAAAGAGCAAUGUUGUGUUAACCUUGAAAGAGCAAUGUUGUGCUGAAGUUGAAACUUUGUGUUAAAGGUCCAAUGCAGCCAUUUUAUCUUAAUAUCAAAUAUUUCUGGGUGAAAAUGAAGUACCUGACUUUGUUCAUCAGUCUUAUGGCUCGGGGGAAGAAGCUGUUAAGGAGCCUUUUGGACCUAGACUUGGCGCUCCUGUACCUCUUGGGGGAAGAAGCUGUUAAGGAGCCUUUUGGACCUAGACUUGGCGCUCCUGUACCUCUUGCCAUGCUGUUCAGUGGAAAUAUAUAUAAAACACAGGAAAUCUAAAUUGUGUCUGCACUGGGCCUUUAACGUUGAAAGGGAAAUGUUGUGUUAACAUAGAGAGUGGAAUGUUGUGUUCAAGUUGAAAGGCAAAUGUUGUGUUUGAAGUGCCUACUAGAUCUAUGAGCCACAUAACCUACAGUACAGUAUGCCUGAACAAAACAACCUAAUGAACAUACCUACUGGGCACAGAUUGGUUGAAUCAACGUUGUUUCCACUUCAUUUCAAUGAAUUUAUGUUGACCCAACGUGGAAUAAACAUUGAAUUGCCGUCUGUAGGUUUUCCCCCAACGAUGUACUAAGUCAAAGCAACCAAACAAGAGAAGAAAUCAAUAAAUACACGGCAGGACAAUUUCAGAGGUGGGAGUGACAGAUCACCAUGGCGAUGUUAAGCAAUACUGUUCUGUUUUGUUUUUUCAAAGAGAACCAAGCUUGAGAAACCCGGGCUGCGUUCCAGAGCCAAUGUUCCAUUCUCACCUAUGGAAAUUCCAUCCUUUAGAACGCCCCACCAGCGGGCUAAAGGGUCAUUUACCGUCAACUAUUUGGCGCUCAGGUGCACCGGCUGCUGUUGUGGUGAUGGUCCUCAAAACUGAGGUGUGAAGAUACAUAGAAACACCAAUGUCCUGAUUCAAUACUUUAAAAACAUCCUUCUCUUCCUUGACAUUAUCACUAAUCUGAUUUAAGGAGGAGAGGAAAGAAGGAAUGCAGCAUUGUAAAAGUUUAAACCAGAGCAAGAGGACACGGGAUGGUUAUUACACCGUACAAAACCGGAAAAACUCCUAUCGGGCUUCAAUCUGGAACGUUUCCGUGUAACUUUGGUAGUCCUGAAUGCAGCCCGGAGCACUAUGAGGGAACACGAUGCCAAAGACAGAUGGUGGCUGGAUUUAAAAGAAGAGACACUGGAGAGGACGACCAAAUGGACAGUCAGGUCUGACAUUUACGUUGAGGCACCUUUUACUAGGGGACAGGCCUCUUCCAAAUCGCCCAAAACAACACAAUGCUCUCUGAAUGGUUUUUUAACAUUACUCAUCAUGUGUAUCAUGAUGAACUCACAAACACACGUUGUGAUUUGAGCUCACAGUGGCUAGUAUGAUAAUCAUCAUCUCUUUUAGGGGUGAAUAGUAACUUCCGCGUAAGUGACAUUUUCCCAUUGAUUUCAAUACAUGACUAAGUGAAAAUUCAACUCAAAGUUUGGACCUCUGUGUUCCAAAUGUCCAUACUAUGUAUUAUGGAGCAAUGUAGUGGGCAGAUAGUGUUGUGUACCCAGUGGGCAAAAGCUGCUUGAAGUAAUAAUUACAACUAGUUUAUUACCAGAACUGGUUGUAAUCUGGUCCUGAUACAGUCAUUUCUAUCAUGUCUUUCGAGCUGGUUAGUAUUGAAAUUGGAAUGCAAGCCUUGGUUGAUUGCCUCGCUCUGUGUUGGUAAAAUGGUGGAGAGUGAGUGUUACUGUACUGUGGUUAUAUAUUUCUCUCUCUGGGAGGCUUCUCUUCUCCACACACACCGUGCCAGAACAGUCACACGAUCUCUUCUCUGGCAGGAGCACUGCCCUCCUGCUGCUUUCUGCAACAACAACAACAACUGUAGAAAUAACUAACAAACUCACAAACUGUUGUUUUUGUCCCUCCCACUUAGGCCUACACUAACUGGAUUCGUUGUUUCCCUUCCUGUUCAUGUACCGUUUCAUGGGUUGUGUUUUGGGUUAACUUUGAUGGAGUGGGAGUGGCGGCGAGGUCUUGGCAAGGACUCUCUCUACACUCUGCUAGCAUUCCUCCCACUCACUCUGCUUCUCAGAACACUGUUUAUGUUUUACCUUGAAUAGAAGGGGGGUGCCAGGGGGAAGUAGUCGAGUCAGAUCUUCAGCCCGAUUUGCCACCUGGCAUAUGGGGGGGGGGACAAGCCAGCCAUCUGGUCGAUCACAGAUUGGGUGCAUCCGAACUGACUCCCUGUUCAAGAUAUAGUGCACUACUUUUUCACCAGGGCCCAUAGGACUCAGGUUGUAGGGCGCUGGUCAAAAGUAGUCCCCUAUAGGGAAUAGGGUGCCAUUUCAGACCAGCCAUUUACCCAGCUCCCUGGUCUAACACAGCCUCACACUAAAGGGAAACUAAACGAGUGGGCUCUGACAUACCAACAGGGAGAGCUAGCCGAUCCCAGAGACGGAUCCUUCCUGAUAAUACUGCCUUUAGAAACCCAGUUCUAGAAUGCCUUUGAGCAAAUCGACAACAAGGGCUGAAUCCAGUUUGAACUGACAAACGGUUCAACAAGUGUGAGCACUGUAUUACACAUUUGUAGGAUGCAUUUUUCUGCCAAAUGUCUAGGCCCAUACUGUAGUGUUAUAACGAGGUUGACAACAAUACAAACUAUUCUUGCUACUUUUUCCAUGUUCAUACCAGGAAGAAUGGAGCAUUACCUCGUGUUCUAAUCUAGUUGGUCUUCUGUAGGUGGAGAACACGAUUCUCUUCAUUCACUGUCUGAAAUGGAUGAAACUAUGGAGGUGAAUUCCACCUUAGCUCAAUCUGUGUGUGUGUGUGUGUGUGUGUGUGUGUGUGUGUGUGAGAGAGAGAGAGCUGAAGAAGGCUUGUGUGUGCUUUGUUUAAAGCCUGAAUGGGCUCGGAUGUAAGAUGACCCUGGUGGGACUACAGUGACCCCUCAGUGACUGGUCCUGAACUGAAGACUUUCUCUCACACACAUACACACACUACAGACUCACACAUUGUCCUCCCAGAGACUGGAGGCCCUCUCCUGUUUCAAAGAUGACGUGACGCCCCGAGACAGGAGAGACGGAGAGCUCGGAGACUCUUUUUUUUUGUCAGACACACAGACAGACAAAGACAAAUGAUACCCAAACCAAUGAUUUUCUAACAGAGCGAAGUAAGAAGAGGAAUGGACAUUCUAGAACACAGAUUCUAGGACACGAGCUCUUUUGGAACUGUAAACAUUUCUUCUGGACUACAAACAGGAUCCAUUCCAGAACACAGUGUCAUCAUGUCAUGUACAGCACCACCCCCCAUAUCCUCUAACCCCCCAUAUCCUCUAACCCCCCCCUCUGUUUUCAAUAACCUACAAUAAUCACAAUAAAAGCUUUGGAUUGGCAAAAUACAGAAUGGAAUAACAUUUCUUAAACAGCAGCAAGAAAAGAAAAGUACAAAGUGCCGUACAAAUAGAAGCCUAAUAUUUGUUUUGUGUUUUGUGUGAGUGUACUGUACACCAUUAUAAUGUAUAUUUUAAUAUUUAUAUGCAGCUGUUGUAUUAAAGUAUAUUUUUAAGAAAA